AUGGCCUCCGAACCGACCGAGGAAGCUAUCACCGGCUUCGUCACCUUCACAAGCACGACACGCGAGCAAGCCAUCGGCUUCUUGAAGGCAAACAACCUCGACUCACAGAAAGCGAUCAACGCGUACUUCGAGGAUCCAACAGGUUCUCAGCUUAAGCCGAUAACUAGCUACUGGAAUGACAACAGAGGCUCUUCAUGGGACUUUUCCCAACAAGACAAUGCGCCACCAAUGCCAGCGACAGCACCGCCUUCCCGUCCUCCUUCCCGAACAGACAUACGCGACCCGGGACAAAAUACUGGAUAUCAAGAUUCUGUCGGGACCGCUCCGAAAGGUUCCGGACAAGGCCUGAGUCUGGCGGAACGCGAAGAAAAGGAAUUGCAGCAGGCUGUUGCUAUGUCAUUGAAUUCGGAGAUGGGACAGCAGGAAACCGGGGUGACAUUGCAUAAACAGCCGCAGUUCAGUAAAGCAACCCGAGAUCACUACGAAGAAGAUGCUUGGGCGAUGACCUUAUUCAACACAUCCUCCGAAGAAGUCAUGAUUAGCCCAGACCCGGAAGACCGCAAAAGAGUGGAGGGCGAGCCUGCGUUCAUCCGCCCCAACCCUGAGGGCAUCUACCUCGGAGGGCUCUUGACAAUUCUCCAUAGUAUUCCCCUCGCACGAGAGGCGCUGCUCCUGCGGAACAAACCGCUAUUUGACUACGGCCAUGACUCGCAGUGGUGGAACGGGCAACCCAUUAACCUGCCAAAGAUUGUCACGGUAAAUGAUGGCAAGGCCGGGGAUAGCGACUGGGAUGAUAUCAUUCACGAAACCCAGCGGCUGAUGGCUUUCAUGGAUACCACGAAACGUGCUUUUGGCAGCAGCGACAGCUUGGCAAAGAUCAACAGCAUGUCAUCCUUAUCGGCAGAUUCGGAGGAGGUCGUGACCAGGUUUUUGGAAGCAUGGCAUGGUGCAGCCAUCAAGGCAGAUCCUGAAAAUCCGCUGGCAACCAUAUUCACAUCACAUGCGUACAGGAAAGAACCAUUCCACGAUUUUGCUGAGCCCGAUACCAGGGAGCUCUUCACUUUUGAGCCUCCUGUCGAGCAGGACAAUGACCAAACACUCUAUGACGUUUUAGAUUCUGCUUUAUGGUCUGACAGACCAGGGAAGGAGCUAGAUGACGCAUGGCUUGAACACUUGGCAGAGGUGCUAGUCGUUAAACUCGAUGCUCUUCAAAAACCAAAACCCGUGGGUGUGGAUAUUCGUUCUGUGUUCUAUCCAGAUCGGUAUCUUAGCAGCUGUCGAGAUUUUGCUCGUGAAUUUCGUACAAAACGACAGCAGAUACAGGGAGAUGUGUUGAGACUGGAACAACUCAUACAUCGCUAUACCAUCCCACGGGACCCCAUGGGGAGCUCGACGAUCACGGAACUCCUCGAACAAGCUGCCCAGGCGGUGCCAGUGGUUGCGCCGGGGCAAAUGAGCGAGCCUGAUCAGUCCAGCUCCAGAGCGGCAGGCGCAGAGACGACGCGAGUUGCAGAGGAAUUAAGAGCAAUUGCCACAAACAUAGAAGCAAAGCUCAAAGAACUCGAACUUAGAAAGCAGAGUGCCAUCGAGUCUCUCCGUGAGAUAUCAAAGGCACUUACGGAACCUCCCAAAUCACCUUCCGAACCCCCUGUCUACAAGUAUACGCUACGAGGCGUAUGCACUGAACCACAUGUGACUUACGUUUUAUCGAAUCCCAAAACAACUGCCCCAGGACACUUGAUGGACAUGGACUCGGACACUGAAAAGAGCAAUGACUACCAGUGGUGGCGUAUCAGCUUCUCGGCUGAAGAUGGAAAAACCCGACAAGCCGAAAAACGAAAAGCCCAAGGCAACACCGCAGCCACGCAGGAUGGCGAGGUUGUUGGCUACACUGUUCGGAAAGUUCAAGAGAAUGAAGUCCUCCAAGCCGCUCGUGAAGAGUGGAGUUCUGUCUUACUUGUUUAUGCGAGCGAGAAUGCUGUGAAUGCACAAGUGGAUCCUGCGCCGUCACAGCUUCAGGGCUUCGUGAACAGAGACAACGAUGCUUUUGGGGACGAAUUUGGGAAUACCCCUACCAUAAUCUUCAGUGACCAGGAAGACUCCUGGGCGGAGUCGAACAACGCGAAAAGUCAACACAAAGAACAACAGCCUGGAAUGUCAGAGAAGUCAACAAAGGUGAAUGUCUUUGACUACGAAGUUUCCGGGUUCGACGACGAGCCAAAGCCCAGCCAAGAGAUGCAGGAGAAACCCGGAGCGAGUCUCUUGGGUCAUCGUGCCAUCACAACUAACUCCACGGCGCCUAUUGACCCACAAAUGGACUCAGGGUGGAACAAUGCUGACGAUGAGGAAAUGACGCAUGAUCUUGAGCCUGCGAAGUAG